UGCGUGCAGCACUCGCAGGGGAAGGAGAUACGUCCAGAAGUUUUGAAGCUUUGGGAUAGAGCCGAAUGCUACUUCGAUAGGCCGAAAUUGCGUCGCCGAGCUGACGGGCGAUUAGAAGAUCAGGCGCUAGCUACCGACAUCCGCUAUGGCAUUGGCGAGAAGGGAAAGAGAAAAAGGUCGUCUGAGAUGCCUUCCGGCAGCCGUUCUGAGCCAUCUAAGGAACAUAAAAGCCAGCGGAGACAGCAGCAAGGUUCCGCUCCAUCCGGUACCAUCCCAAUAAGGCGAGUGCGAAGACCUGACCCUUCAAUUUUGGGUAGUUCAAUGCAAGAGCUGGAGGAAGAAGAGACUAUCGUAGCAGCGAACACAAGCUGGUCCGCGUGUCGACUUAGAGUUGAAGAUGGGGACGCUGGAGAACACUCGAUCGUAUAUUCCGGAUCUGGCGAGAUAGCGAGUGCAACCAACACAUCGGACGCAACUACUUCCGAAUUGAGAGGUAUCCCUGAAUGCCAAACGGUUGGUAAUACUGGGCGGUUACCAGAGGAGGAGCAACACUCAGGAAGCGGCAGAACUCUACCCUCAGGCGAAAUUGGCCCGAUACAUACCAAAUCAUCGCGGGAUUCGUUACCUAUUGCUCUGAGGAAACCUCGACGAAGAAGACGAUUUGAUUACAGACUAUUCGGCGCAGACGGUAUUCGUUGCUAUACCGAUGAACCCGAAAGUAGUGAAGGUGGUAGAGAAGUUCUCUCCGAGAGCAGGUGAAAGCCUGAGCAGAAGUGAAGAAUCUUGCAUGAAGACGGUAUCUUCAUCGUAGUAUGAACGAAUCGUGGUCUAGUCGAUAUCUACUCUGACUAGUAGUCACUGACUACCAUGACUAAUUUGAUGAAACACAACCGUGCAUUUGUCAAC